AAAUUUUCCUUUCUUGCAAGGCUCGCUACCUGGCAAUCAUGCACUAAUGCUGGAUAAACUAGCAUCUAUCUAAUAAUAUGUCAAAAAAUAAUCAGACGUGCUAAUGAUUCCUAAUCUGACAAUUAACUGCGUGUGCCCAAAUCAACAAAAUAAUUCCUCUAUAAAAGCCCAUGCCACUCACACAAGACACAUCAGAACAGAGGCAGUUGGCAGAAGCGCCAAUACGUAAUUGAGGACAUGGCUUCCCUCCCUUUGCUCUGCAUAUUUUGUCUCUGCCUUUGCUCCUUUCCCCUUUCUUCACCCGCUGCCCUGCUCUUUCAGGGUUUCAACUGGGAAUCAAGUAACAAAGGAGGGUGGUACGACUCGCUCAAGAACUCAAUCUCUGCCCUAGCCAGUGUCGGGAUCACCCAUGUUUGGCUCCCCCCUCCUUCUCAAUCCGUUUCUCCUCAAGGAUAUCUUCCGGGAAGGCUAUAUGAUCUGGAUGCGUCAAAAUAUGGUUCCAAGGAUGAACUGAAGUCACUGAUCGCAGCUUUCCAUGAGAAGGGAAUUAAAUGCUUGGCUGACAUAGUAAUCAACCACAGAACUGCGGAGAGGAAGGACGGAAGAGGAAUCUACUGCAUCUUCGAAGGUGGCACUCCUGAUUCACGUCUCGAUUGGGGUCCAUCGUUCAUUUGCAGGGACGACACCGCCUACUCUGAUGGCACCGGACAUCUCGACAGUGGAGAGCCAUACGAACCCGCGCCGGACAUCGACCAUCUCAAUCCUCAGGUUCAGUCAGAGCUGUCAGAUUGGAUGAAUUGGCUGAAGACCGAAGUAGGGUUUGAUGGAUGGCGUUUUGAUUUCGCAAAGGGCUAUGCUCCCAAUAUCACCAAAAUUUACAUGCAACGAACCUCACCAGACUUCGCCGUCGGGGAAAAAUGGGACUCUCUGUCUUACAGGCAGGACGGGAAGCCUGAUUACAACCAAGACGCUCAUCGUGGUGCGUUGGUGAAUUGGGUGGACCAGGCCGGCGGUGCUGUCACCGCCUCUGAUUUCACAACCAAAGGGAUCCUCCAAGCCGCCGUACAAGGGGAGCUAUGGAGGUUGAAGGAUUCAAACGGGAAGCCGCCAGGAAUGAUCGGGACAAAGCCAGAAAAUGCGGUGACGUUCAUUGACAAUCAUGACACAGGUUCCACUCAGAAACAAUGGCCAUUCCCUUCAGACAAAGUCAUGCAGGGAUACGCAUACAUUCUAACUCAUCCUGGAACACCAUCGAUAUUCUACGACCACCUACUGGAUUGGGGACUGAAGAAUGAGAUAGGGAAAUUGAGCGGGAUAAGGAGGCGGAACGGGAUCAAUGAGAAGAGCAGCAUCAAGAUAUUAGCAGCUGAAGCGGAUCUGUAUAUGGCAGAAAUGGAUAGCAAGGUGAUGAUGAAGAUUGGGCCUAAGAUGGAUCUUGACGGACUUGUUCCUUCUAAUUUUCGACUGGCCACCUCAGGCCAGGACUAUGCGGUGUGGGAGAAAUCUGCCGAUCAUUAUAUUAUAUGAUAUAAAUCUCGAGACCAAAACAAAGGGAUUUCAUAUAUAGAAUGGUGUUUUCUUGACCUUGUACAUACGCAGAAUAUUGAAUAAUACGUAUUAUGCUUCUUAGAGUACAAUCUCUGA